CGCGUGGUAGGCGUGGUUUGUGGCCUCGCAGACGCAUACUUGCAUCGUUGCUGUUCUCACAGUCUGUUGGAAAAGAUGAGAAAUUUAAAGCGUAAAACCAAAAGGAGUGUCGUGUGGGAUUAUUUCACCCUUGAAGACGAAACGGUUCGAUGCAGACUGUGCAAUGCAGUGUUGAAGUUCUGCGGCGGCACCAGCACGAUGCAAUAUCACAUCGGCAGACGACAUAGCAACACGGGGCUGCACGCCAUAAGGUCCGGUUCGCGGAGGUCUGAUUCGGCGGGGGAGAUAACACAGAGGGGGAAAACCUUUCCCCUCUCUUCCAGUUUAUCUGAUGAGCAAGUACUUCAGCUCUGUGCCAUGCUAGGUGAUGUGGAUCUGACUCUUCUCUACAAAGCGUCUGUUCAUGGAUAUAAUGCUGCUGCUUUCCACAAAAACUGUGAUCGUCAGGGUCCAACCUUACUCGUAGCCUACAACUCCUCAGGCUACAUCUUUGGUGGAUAUACGAGCGUGGAUUACGCCCAAAGUGGGAAGAAUAUUACUGACGAGCAGGCUUUCCUGUUUUACUUUCAAGGCAAGAUCCCGUUGUGCAUCAAAGUUAACAGUGGACAUCACGCACGUCUCGAUGACUCCGGAGGGCCCAGCUUUGGUCAACAGUUGCACUUUUGCUACGACAACCAACCGCUUUUGUGCAAUCAGGGAGGUUCUUCGUACAGUUUUAAUACUGAGACUAUAUACGGGAACGACACUCAGCUUUGUGAAUGUGAGGUGUACAAAGUGAAGCAGAUGUCCCAGGUCAGUGUUGAAGAUAAACCAUGGCGGGACAUGCUGUGGACAGCAGAGCGAAGAGAAGAGCUCGUGAAAAUAAUCAAAGAUCAUAAACCCCUGGCGUCAUCUGUGAACCGGGUUCGAAUCCUGAUGAUCGGUCCUGUAGGGGCUGGAAAGUCCAGUUUCUUCAACUCCAUCAACUCCAUCUUCAUGGGUCAUGUGACCAACAAAGCCAUGACAGGAUCUUCAAGCACCAGCCUCACCACACAGUUUCGCACAUAUCCACUGAAAGAUGGGCGUGAGGGAAAGCCAUUGCCAUUUGUGUUGUGUGACACUAUGGGACUGGAGGAGCAGACAGGUGCAGGUCUGGAUAUUGAGGACAUCAGCAGCAUUCUUCAGGGUCUCGUACCAGACCGAUAUAAAGUAAAAUGGUUCAAUCCUGUGGCACCAUUUGAACCCAAUGAGCAAAAGUCCUCCAGACCUCCAUCUCUACAGGAGAAGAUCCACUGUGUGGUGUUUGUGAUGGACGCCAACAUAAUCUCCCUCAUGUCCAACAAACUGAAAGAAAAACUCGCUACUGUACGCAGAAAGCUGAAUUCACUAGGUGUUCCUCAGAUCGUCUUGAUGACUAAAGUAGAUGAGGCGUGUCCUCUGGUGGAGGAGGAUCUUCAAAAUGUUUACGUCAGUUCCUACAUUAAGUCAAAGGUACAGGAGGUCAGCUCUCGACUGGGUGUUCCUGUGUCUUGUGUGUUACCUGUGAAGAAUUACAGUCAGGAGCUUGAACUGAACCUCAACUGUGAUCUUCUGCUUCUCACCGCUGUACAGCAGAUGCUUCGCUUUGCAGACGACUACUUUGAUGAUGUUUCUCCAAUAGAGGGCGAUCUCUCAUAAAGAGCCGCUGGUAGUUUUUUAGAUUUAUUAUCUCAGUUCAAAAUAUGUGUAUCAGCUUUCAACAAGACUGGCAUAAUAAAGUAUUAUCAUCUCUUUUAA